CUGUCCCCUCCGCGCGACCCGAGCGCAGCGGCGCGGGCGAGGCGAGGCGAGGCCAGGCCAGGCAACCAGGGAACGCCAUGGUGGUGCGGGCUGCGCAGCUGCGAGCCGUAGACGUCGCCAGGUGCAGUUGAGUGCUGCGAGCUGUUGCAGCUGGACGGGGACGGGUGUCCGUCGGCAGGGGGCUGGUCGUCCGUACGAUCGCACCGACGCCGUCGCUCGCCUAUGAUCUCGAAAAUGGAAGCGGCAGUCAACGGCGGCGGAGGCGGUGGCGGUGGAGGAGGAGGAGGAGCAGGUGGAGGCGGCGAGCCCGGGGUGGGCAGCUGCCUGUUGCUGCGCUACGCCAGCCAGAACUCCCUGGACGAGAGCUCGCAGAAGCACAUCCCGUACGCGAGCAGCAAAGAGAAGCCGCCGUACCGAAACCCGCACCACACGCACCGCGCCUUCGACGUCAUGAACGGCAUGCGCAAACAAAACCUACUUUGUGAUGUUACACUGGUGGCUGACCUUGUGGAAGUUCCUGCUCACAAGAUGGUUUUGGCUGCAUGCUCCCCUUAUUUCUAUGCUAUGUUCACGAGUUUUGAAGAGAGCAAACAAGAGCGUAUCACUCUGCAAGGAGUGGAUGCGCAGGCUUUACAACUUCUUGUCCAGUAUGUUUAUAGUUCUGAGGUACACGUUACAGAAGAUAAUGUACAGGUACUUCUUCCAGCAGCUAAUCUGUUGCAGUUGACAGAUGUAAGAGAUGCAUGCUGUGAUUUUUUGCAAGCACAGCUCCAUCCAACAAACUGUCUAGGAAUCAGAGCCUUCGCUGAUCUCCAUGGUUGUCUUGAAUUGUUGGCACAUGCUGAGGGGUACAUUGAACAGCACUUCACGGAGGUGGUAGAGUGCGAGGAGUUCCUAUCGUUGUCUCCGCAACAGGUGUCAAAACUCAUUUCAAGUGAUCGCCUAACGGUGCCAUCAGAGGAGAAGGUAUUUGAAUGUGUGGUGGCCUGGGUGCACCAUGACCUCGAGAGCAGACAGUGCCACCUGGCUGAGCUCAUGGAGCAUGUGCGCCUGCCUCUUCUGUCACAAGAGUACCUGGUACAGCGUGUUGAGGAAGAGCCCUUGCUAAAAGCCAACUUGCAAUGUGCGUGUUUGCCCCAGUGACUGCUGUACAGUUAUCCAUCACCUCUGCUUAUUAGCAGCACUUCUAACUGCUUCUUGUGUAACAUCCACGAGGGUCCUGAUUUCCUUCAUUGUUGUCCUUCAAGUGCUGCUUACUUAAAUUCUCCCCUCCUCCUCGUCCUCCAAUGACCUGCAUAAAGCACAUUAACAGUAAACCUGUACUAACACUGUGUUUAAUUUUAUUUAUUUUUUAAACUAUUUUAUUUAUGUGUAGAUUGCACUAUUUUUACACUUCUGACAAAUUGCUAGACUUUUAGCCUUCACUAACUCUUCUUUGACUCUUCCUUUUAAUGUUCUUUUAAAUGUUUUUUCUAAAAUUAUCAUGAAAUCUUUCCUUAAACAAUUUUUCCGUGAAAGUUGUGUGAAAUCGUUUCUUGCGCUUUUGAUACUCCUUGCUCUGCCGCUUAUCACCAUCAUGGUCUGAUGCGAAGAGGAAGAAAUGUUUGACCAGGAUGUGCUGGUCCACAGGCAAGGACUUCCUGAUAGAAGCCCUCAAGUACCAUCUACUUAAAGGAGAGCAGAAAAUCCUAUUCAAGACCCCUAGAACGAAGCCUCGUCAACCUGUUGGUCUCCCAAAGGUAAUGCUAGUGGUGGGUGGUCAGGCACCUAAAGCAAUACGAAGUGUGGAAUGUUAUGACUUCAAGGAAGAGCGUUGGUACCAAGUGGCAGAAAUGCCCACGCGCAGAUGCCGCGCAGGUCUUUCAAUGAUCAAUGGAAAAGUUUAUGCAGUUGGUGGAUUCAAUGGCUCUCUGCGUGUGCGGACUGUUGAUGUGUACGAUGCUUCCUUAGACCAAUGGUCAACUUGUGCUAGCAUGGAAGCUCGGCGAUCAACUCUUGGUGUUGCUGUUCUUGGAAAUUGUAUUUAUGCUGUAGGUGGUUUUGAUGGCUCAACAGGAUUAAACUCUGCUGAAAUGUAUGAUCCAAGAACUCACGAAUGGCACAUGAUUGCUCCAAUGUCUACUCGGCGGAGUAGUGUUGGUGUGGGUGUUGUCAAUGGUUUACUAUAUGCGGUGGGUGGGUAUGAUGGAGCUUCCCGUCAAUGCCUAAGCUCUGUUGAGUGCUACAAUCCAGAAACAGAUUCUUGGUCCCCUGUGCCAGACAUGUCAGCCCGGCGUAGUGGAGCAGGAGUUGGGGUUUUAGAUGGAAUUUUAUAUGCAGUAGGUGGCCAUGAUGGUCCUCAUGUGCGCAAGAGUGUAGAGGCCUACAGUCCUGAGACAAAGACAUGGACUCUUGUUGCUGAAAUGAUGUUCUGCAGAAGGAAUGCUGGUGUUGUGGCGUUAAAUGGUCUGCUGUAUGUUGUUGGAGGUGAUGAUGGUUCCUCCAACUUAGCUUCUGUGGAAGUUUACAAUCCCAAAACAGACACUUGGUCCAUGUUACCUUCAAGCAUGAGCAUUGGUCGCAGUUAUGCAGGUGUGGCAAUUAUUGAUAAGCCCAUGUGAAGCGGGGCUGCGGGGGCUGGGCUCAGUGGGAUGGCGAGUGGAAGUUGCUAUCAUGUCAGUGGUGAGCAGGAUCUUGCUGCUGAAGCAUGUGCACUUCCACCUCCGCCAUUUUUUGGGUUGGGCAGCCCCCGCGCAGUGGGACCAGUGGGUCCUGGUGGUUCACUUCCUCGUUGGCUUCGUGUUGGAUCACCAACCAGUAAAUGGUUGCUCCCAUCUCCUCUGAGAGGCUCUUCAGGUGGCCGAGAGCGUAGUGGGAAUUUAGCAUUGGAUGCAUUGCUGUUGCGUCAACCAGCCUAUAUGCCCCCAUCCCAUUGGGAAACCUAAGUGACCCUUUCAAAUGCUUGUGUCUCAAAGUAGGUUUAGUAAGAAUCUCCUUGCUCCUCCUAAUACUUCAUAAAUAAAUGGGAGGGAUCCAUAUGGACACUGAAAUUCUUUCAACAUAAACAUUUAGGGUUUUUAAAAGAAAUGAGGUGAUCAGCAAUGCAAUGAAACUGACAACAUGUAGUGAAUGAUAACCCUCCUGUACCAAUUUUCAUAAAUGUGUGUGUAGUUAUUUUACAUUCUUUCCCAAGAUCAAGUGAUGGAAGAAGAUGAAUGUGCUCCCAUGAGGCCGUCCCUAAUCUUUGCCUAAAAGACCUAGUCGCUAGAGAGCCCAGCAGUCUGAAAAUGGCAAAAUACCUGGAUCCUCUCAAUCCCUUAUGUGUACCUGAGCCCAAUGAUGAAAUUUGCUUUUAUUUGUUUUGAACUUCAUUUUUAUCCAGGGGCAUUGUAAUUAAUUACAUCACAAGAUAUGUGAUUUGACUUUUGAUGACCUAUGCAUUUAAGUGCUCAUCAGUGAACUUCUGUAAUGUGAUUUUUGUAGUGAUUGAAACGAUAAUAACACUUUUGACGAUCUGAGUACUUUUAGGCUCCAAGUGAAAUCUCAUUCUCUGUUAGUUCUAAGUCAUAUAAUGAUUGGUAUGAGAUGCAUUGUUACCUUCCUCAGGCAGUUUAUUUUUGUUUGCUGUGAUAGAGAAGAGUGUCCUCAGAGGAAGGUUACUAUAAUGCUCUUUGGAAACGAAAACUGAGAAAAACUUUGAAGUUUUGUAUGAAGAAUUGAGGUAGCUUAACAUUUAUCCAUUUUCAUCUUGUGGAGGUUAAUUUUCAUAAUGAAAUUUGAAGCUUCUUGCAGGAGUGAGUAGCAUGCCUAGGCAGGACCUACGCAUGUGUAAAAUGUUAGUGUGGUGCAUGUCUGAAGGGUUGAAAGGAUGAUUGAAUGAAGAUGCAUUUAAAUUCCACUGGAAAUGUCUCAUAUCUUCAAUAUUUGCUGUUCUUGAAAUGUGCAUAGCCUAGUACUUAUAGUUUAAACCAAUGUAUGGACCAAUGUAUGACAUGUAUGUUGCAUUCCUGCUUUGUAAGCGCUGACUGGUUCCAAAAAAUGAGAAGUUAUAUAGGUAUCCUAUUUUGUGCUUCCGUACUACUGUUCUGUGACAUAGCUUUAGAGUUUCUCUUGCAAGGUUAGUGCUCUUGGUUCAUUCAAAUCAGCUAAAGAAGGCAAGAUUUAGCACUUCUAAGAUUGAAUGAAUGAUUAUUUUUUUUUUUUUUUCCAUCAUCAACAUUCUAUACGUGUAAACUCAUGUGGAACAAAAGAUGUUCCACAUUAAUCAAUCUGAAUGUGAAAAAGUGGUGAUGUGUGGCAAUACACACCAUUCUAAUUUGAAUAAAAAAUUUAAGUUGUUUAAAUGUGGUUUAUUUCCUUUAUUGAAUGUUUCAGAAAAUUUGUUAAUUCUCCUAAAUGAAGAGUUGUUGCGCCAUGAAGUCUCUUUGUUAAAAAUGUUAACCUGCUUGAAAUGUUGACUGUACGAAAAGUACUUAACAAAAAUUAAGAAAACCUUUAGUUACAAUUAAGUUGAUAAAUAAUUCUUAGAAAUACUCUAAAACAUUUUUCUUAACAGUUAUCAGUCUUGAGAUAGAAAAUAUAUAUAUUUUGAGGUACUUGGGACAUGAUGUAAAAAAAAAAUUUGGCUACAAUCAGUGCGAUUUGGUUACUAUCUCCACAUUACUAAUUCUCUAGCAUAUAAGAAUUAAUCAUACAACAUUUUGAAAGCUGUUCCUGAU